AUGGAACGAAUACAUUCAUUUUUAAAGCAAGACCCGGACAAUGCUUCAGAAAUCGCUAAUCCUGCUGAACUUGAUCUAGAACGGUCGAUUGAAAGUUUGCUAGCUGACGAUUCUGACGAUGUCACAGAUGAUACUUUUGAAGAAUCGUUCAGUGAUCAAUGUGAUAUUGCAAAGGAAUUGAAAAACCAAGAGGAAAAACAAGCCAGUAUAGAUUCCGAAACCAGUACAAAGCACGAUGAAUCGAACACGAAGUCAAAAAAUUUGCAUGAAGAGUCCAUUGGUCUAUAUACGGUGACAAAGUCUGGCAAUCUGCAAACAAAAUCAACAAAUAGGCAUAAUCCCUUGGGAAGUAGUGCCAGCUGUAAUCGCGACUCCGCUGAGAUUAGUCGACUGAAUUCGAAACUUGACAGAUUUUCUGAAAACGUGACAAACAAAUUACAAAAUCUCAGCGUCGAGAUAAACAACAUUAAAGAGAACAAACCCUACUCUAUUUUGGUUUUAGAAAACGUAGUCAAUGAUCUAAAGGAAGAUAAGCUUGUGCUAAUUAGAAAGAACGACGAACUCAGGGAACAAAACAUGGAUAUGUCUCAUAUUAUAUCUGAUUUGAAAAUGGCAAACAAAAAUCUGGAAAGCGAAAAGAGCAGCCUGUUGACAGCUCUUAAAUUAAUACAAAAUGACCACCAACAAACGUGCACGAAAACAAUUGUGGAAAAUGACGGCGAGAAUAAUGUGGAAUUGGUUUGCGAAACAAUAGAGGGAAGUGAAGUCACUCAACCAAAACCUUCAUCCAAUCAGCCCGCAAAUGAUAAGCAUCUUAACACCGAAGCUAGUACUGGGAAAAAUCGUAAAAAGAAGGGAACGAAAUCUAAGUCCAAACCUCCAACACAAAAUUCCAGCCAACAAACUGCGGAUGUAGAUACUUCUGGUGGUAUUGUGAACACCUCUAGUUCUAAAUCAACGGGGCAAGGCAAGAAAACAGUUGUUAUUGCAGGGGACUCAAUUGUUAAAAAUACUAUUGGUCCGAAAAUGAGUGCUGACGAUCCUAAUCACCAUUUUAUUGUAAAGCCGUUCCCUGGAGCAACAGUCUCAGAUAUGGAGGAUUUUGUCAAGCCAUUGACAAGAAGGACACCGGACAAGAUGAUCUUACACGUCGGAACAAAUGACCUGAGAAGUCAUUCUACGCCGAAAAUAAUAGCAGACUCCAUUGUCAACAUUGUAACACAAAUAAAAGAAGAUUCACCAGGUACAGCCGUUGGCAUUUCAGCUAUUCUGGUAAGAAAUGACAAUAAUGACCUAGCUGCUAAAGCUAUUCAAACUAAUAAUAUUCUUAAAAGCUAUUGUAGUCGCAAUAGAAUCCCCUUUUUAAGUAAUUCAAAUAUGAAUGCAAGUCUCUUAAAUAUGAGGGUCUUCAUUUAAAUAGACAAGGUAGUUUAGCUUUACAACAAAACUUACUAGGUUUUGCAAAAACUAUUUCAGAUUGACUUUAUCCUACUCAGUCCGUUAUUCCUACCUCGCGCGGGUUUAAGCUCGCGGCACUUAAUGUGAGAAACCUAGUAAAUCAUAUUGAUGAGCUGCGAGUUUUGCUUGCUACUAGCCCAAUCGAUGUCCUAACAAUAAAUGAGACAUGGCUUAAUUCUACAAUAAGCGAUAACGAUGUAUAUAUACCUGGAUACGAAAUCAUACGUCGUGACAGGGCAUUUAGAAGUGCAGAUGGAAAAACGUAUGGAGGUGUUUGUUUUUAUGUACGCUCCAGCGUAAAUUUCUUACAGCGUAAAGACAUGUCUAUUGAUAAUUUAGAAAAUCUAUGUAUUCAAAUUCAAAAACCAAAUUCUAAGCCAUUUCUCGUUGCGACAUGGUACAGGCCACCAAAUUCGAAUGUUGAUAAAUUUAAUUAUUUUGAGACAUUUAUUGACAUGCUUGAUGCUGAAAAUAUCGAGUACUAUUUAUUGGAUGACCUAAAUUGUGAUCUCGGGUCGCCUGAUUUAGAGAGUAAUUCGAGAUCAUUAAUAGGCAUCACUGAGCUCUAUGGUUUACAUCAAUUGAUAAGUGAACCGACUCGAAUUACUGAAACUUCCUCAACUAUGAUUGAUCAUAUAUUCACCAAUACACCAGAUAAAAUUGUUUGCUCCGGUGUUUCUCAUGUCGGUAUUAGUGAUCACAGCUUAAUUUAUGCAUUCCGUAAGCUUUCAACCGGUCCACACAAUAAAGGCCAUUCUACAGUAAAUUAUCGAAAAUUUAAAAAUUUUAACUCUGAAAGUUUUCGAAGUGAUAUUUUUUCACAGAAUUGGGACGUCAUAAGGGCGUAUAAUAAUCCGAAUGAUAUGUGGCGUGUGUGGAAAACGACCUUUAAUAACGUAGUGGAAAUGCAUGCUCCUUUACGGACAAGGUGGGUAAGACUUUCUAAGUCGCCCUGGAUCACGCCUGAGUUAAAAAGACAUAUGCAUGAAAGAGAUAUUUUAAAAAUCAAGGCUAUUCGAUCUAAAGAUAUUUAUGACUGGGCUGCUUUUAAGAAAGCUCGCAACUCUGUGAACAAUGAAAUUAAAUUUGCGAAGAAAGCCCAUUAUAUGAAUGCUUUUCAUGAAAACGAGAGUAAUGUGAAAAAAACUUGGGGUAUUAUUAAUGAUUAACCUCAAGAAAACAAAAUAAUUCACAUGUAAAAGAGAUUAAACUAAAUGGUUCUUCAGUUAGUGACCCCCCAGGGUUAUCAGAGACGUUUAACACUCAUUUUGCUAGCAUUGGACCUAAGCUUAUAGAGAAGAUACCUUGUGAUGAAAAUAGUUUGAGUUUGAUAGUUUGA